AUGAUACCAACACCAAAUCUAGAUCAUAUAACAAGCAAUGAUUAUAAUUAUGUAUAUGAACCAGCAGAGGAUACCUUUUUAUUCCUUGAUGCAUUAGAAAAUGAACAAAAUUUCUUAAGAAGUAUUUUAAAACCUUGCAUUUGUUUGGAAAUUGGAUCAGGUUCAGGAUGUAUUUCUACAUUUCUAGGAAUGUUAAUUGAUAAAAAUACAUCUUUGUUAUUAUGCACAGACAUCAACCCAUAUGCAACUUCAAUAACGGUUAAAACUGGACACCAAAAUCUUAUACAAUUAGAUGCAAUCACAACAAACUUAACAUCAGGACUUUUACCAAGACUUAAACACUCAAUUGAUUUAUUAUGUUUUAAUCCGCCGUAUGUUGUUACUGAUUCUGAAGAAUUAAAUUCAAAUAAUAAUAAUAUUCUUGACAAAUCUUGGGCUGGCGGAAUUAAUGGAAGAGAAGUAAUUGAUCAGAUGUUGAUAUUAGUUGAUGUCAUUUUAACAAGAUUAUCUGGUAGAGAGAAUCAAUUCAUUAUAAAGUUUUGGAGAUCUAAUAAUAGCAACAAUGAGUAA